AUGUCAUCCAAAAGUAUUCAGCGUGCGAGGGCAUCGCUGAGGUUAAAUCCGUCGUUGUACGACUACCUGCGAGACGAGGCGGCUUUUCGUCUCGCAGAUCGCGUUAGUGACAUAAAUAGAGUUUUUGAUGUAGCCGCUGAAAUUGGGUGUGGGAGAGGUCAUCUCAUCCAACACCUAACUAGUGACUCCGUCCGAUUUCUUUAUCAAUGCGACAAUUCCACUGAGAAACAAAUCACUCCGUCUCCUGACGUCGACACAUUGCUGUUAAACGUAGAUGAGGAAUUUCUUCCAUUCGCGGAGAACUCAUUUAAUAUGAUUUUUUCAUCGUUGCAUUGGGUGAAUGAUCUUCGUACAACCUUAUCUCAAGUUUUACGAACACUUAAACCUGACGGAUGCUUUUUGGGGGUAACUCUCACUACAGAUACUCUCUUUGAAUUACGCGUUUCCCUCCAAAUGGCAGAAGUUGAGCGUCUUGGAGGAUUUCAUCCCCACAUUAGUCCCUUUGUCGAAAGUGCCAGAUUCGGUGAACUUCUUAGAGAAUGCGGAUUCUCAUUAAUCUCGCUGGACGUUGACGAUAUUGAAGUCCUCUACCCGUCAAUGUUUGAGUUGAUUGACGAUUUGCGAGGUAUGGGCGAGUCGAACUCCGUCAUCGGUCGGCCACUUCGCCUGAACAGAGAUGUCCUCUUUGCGGCUUCUUCAAUUUAUGACGCGGAGCGCUGUGUGCCGGCUACGUUUAGGCUUCUCUUCUUCAUCGCUUGGAAGCCUGACCCCUCACAGGUUAGUCAAAUAUGA